UUAAAGGCGGGUGGCGGUUAAUUAAAUUUUGAUAAAUACAGAGUUUUUAUUAAAAAUACAAUAUGGAUUAUAGUAGCACGGGUGGAAUGAAAAGUCCCUUCUCUCCCAGAGUAAGACAAUCUAUUUCUGGCAGAAGGCCUAUAGGACUAUCAUCAUCAAAGAAGAAUCAAAGCAAAUAUGCCCAGUCUCCGCAGCAGGAAUCGGGUGAUGUCAUUUACAAGAUUGGUCACAGUACCAUUGAAACGUAUGGCAUGCCUUUACCCGUGAUGGUCACAGAGGCGCUCACAUUUGCGAGUGGUGAUGUGAGUGUUCGGAUGUCACCAUGUGGCUGGUGCUGGGUGGUGACGGGACGGAGAGUGCUUGCCUGGCCUCAAGAGGCUACUGGAUCAUCAUCAGGUCCCACUGCAGCAAGGGAAUUAACCUUACCACAGACUGACCUGGCACAUAAAGCUGAUCUUGUUAUGAUAUUUUAUGAAGAUAAUGAACAGGCAAUGCCAUCAUGUGUCGGAGUAUCACCAGAGGGUGUGGUACGAUACUGGGCCUCUGUCGGCCAGGAGGGUGCGUACAGUGAGAUCACCUGUGAGCUGGCGGGGCAGGAGUGUGAUCGACUGGUCGCAAGGACAGAUGAGAGUGGUGCUACUGUGGGGUCUCUGUUGCUGGCAACAACUACAUGUACGCUUGUGAGGAUUCAUACUAGCCGAGAGGGCAGACCCACAGUGACAUGCCAAAUGCUACGGCCACCAAGUGGCUGGCUCGGUGGUAUUGGACGACGAGUAUCACUGCUUUUCUUUGGUUCCAUGCCUGCUCAUGCUGAUACUAAGCUUGUAGGUGUUGUGAUCCUGCCGCCGCUCGGCAGCAGCGAGGAGGAUAACUCGGAGCUAGUGUGCAUGGUGGCUGGCGGGCCGCUGCUGCAGCUGUGGGGCGGCGCCGGCCUGCACGAGCACCACCUGCGCAGACCGCUCGUGGACGCGUUCGCGCGCGCGCACCUCGCGCCGCACGGAGAGCCAAGCACAAUGGAGAUUAUGGCAUUGGAUGUGCAUCCGAUCGGCGAUCGGAUGUUGUUGCUAUUGGUGGUGCUGGUGGCUGCCUUCAACCAGAGUCGACCCAGUGACAUGCGCUAUGCAUUAGCCCAAGUGAGCGUGGAGCAGCCGGAGAGCCCGCGCGUGGUGGCGCUGUGCGGCGUGGCGGUGCGGGCGGGCGACGAACCGCCGCGCUGCGUGCCGCUGGCGCCGCUGCCGCCCGCCCGCGCGCUGCUGUACUGGCCCAGCGCGCUGGCGCUCGUGCCCGCCGACCCGUCGGUGUCGGCGGAGGCGGUGGAGCACGUGGAGCUGGGCGCGGAGGGCGACCGCGUGCUGGGCGCGUGCGGCGCCGCGCUGUUCACGCGCAAGCACGGCCUGCUGCGCCUGCGCGCGCCGCACCACGCCCACCCGCCGCAAUCAUUCAGCGGCAGUCCGAUGGGGUCACCAUGUCCCUCGGAUAUGUACGAAGGAAACCUCACAUUCUACGAGAUAGAUCCAAAUGAGCUAAGCGACAUAACAACAGACGCGGUGGGCAAGCUGAAGCUAGCGUUCCUACUGCACGUGCGGCGCGGGGGCGGGGGCGGGGGCGGGGGCGGGGGCGCGGCGCGCGUGCUGGCCGAGCUGUUCCCGCACCGAGCCGCCGGGGAUGUGGACGCGCCGCUCGACCGCACCGUGCUGGCGCUGGCCACGGAGAUGCUGGACGACGUGCCCGCGGGCGAUCCCAGAUGGCGCAUCCGGUCGGGCAGCAGCCGCGUGGCGCUGGGCAGCUCGGGCGCGCUGCACGCGGCGGGGCAGCUGCGCGACAAGCAGCGCGCCUUCACGCUCUUCGUGCACUUCCUGCGCGCCGCCGGCCUCUUCCGGCGCCUCGCACAAGUCAGCAAGGAGAGCGGGUCGGGCUGCGUGAGCACCGCGCAGGCGCUGGGCUCGCUGGCGGCGCGGCUGGCGGCGGCGCGCGCGCUGCAGCGCCUGCACCAGGCCGGCGCGCCGCUCGUGGACGCCGCCAUGCAGCAUGUGGUGACGCGUUCGGAGGAGGAGGAGCCGGAGGUGUCGGAGGCGCUGGCGGCGGGCUCGCUGAGCGCCGCGGACGUGGUGCUGCGCCGCGUGACGCGCGUGCUGCGCGUGUGCCGCGCGCUGCCCGCGCUGCCCGCGCCGCACGACGCGCGCGCCGCCGCGCAACACGCGCACCACGCGCUGCACGCGCUCACCGUACGUGCACACACACACACACACGUGGUGCUGCGCCGCGUGACGCGCGUGCUGCGCGUGUGCCGCGCGCUGCCCGCGCUGCCCGCGCCGCACGACGCGCGCGCCGCCGCGCAACACGCGCACCACGCGCUGCACGCGCUCACCACGAUCCUCAACGAUAUGCAGAAGAGCGUGUCCCAAUGGAUGUCGUGGAGCGAGGCGGAGAUGGCGGAGGGUGCGGGGGGUGCGGGGGGCGCGGGUUCGGGUGCGGGGGGUGCGGGGCCGGGGUCGGGCGAGCCGUGCCUGCUGCUCAGCGCGCGCUCAGACCUGCCCGCGCUCGCCAAGUACCACACGCACGUCGUCACGCAAGUGGCGCACAACUGCGGCGACGCAACAUUACGCGCGCAAGUGCUAGAAGGCGCGGCGUCACUCGCAGACCUGCUGCUGGCAGCUGCGGAACCGCUCGCUGCGCACGCGCCGCGUGUAUAUCAGACGCUGCGUCGCGACCUCAUACAGCCUUAUGUUACUGAAGGCCAGUUGGAACGAGCAGCAGCAUUAGCAGAGAAAUUCCUAGAGUUAGAACUAUUGGUGGACAUGUGUGUGCGUGCGCGACGACUCGAUCAGUUACACGCGUACCUCGACAAGUACGAGCAGCAGGGCAUAUCGGAGAGCGCGUUCGGUCUGCUCGCGUCCGGGCCGGGCGAGUGGCGGGCGCUGCUGCUGCGCUCGCUGGGCGCGCGCCGGGCCAGCUCGCUGGGCCGCUGGCUGCGAGCUGCGCCCGCCCGCCGCGAGCUGUGCGCGCUGCACGCACUAGCUCGCGCGCCGCACGGGGACGCCGCGCCCGUGCUGCUGGAUAUGGCGGACGACGAGGAAUCCGUGGAUAGGAUGGCGACGAUGGCGUCACUCAGCAAGCUGUGCCUGUACGCGGACGACUCGGUGGAGCCGGCGGAGAGCAAGCCGGCAUGGCAGCGCGCGGACGAGUUACUGGCGCUGGCCGCACACCACCGCGCGCUGCCCGCACAGCUGCAGCACGCGGCUGAGAGGAGACACGCGCCGCAGGACCUUGUGCAGAUGUACCUGGACAGUGACAUCAAGGCGUUAACAGAGUACGACUACAAGAAGGCGCUCGAUCUCACCGACUUCGUGGAAGAUCCUGAAGUGAGAGAUCAUUUGCGACUCAAGAUCUGGAGCGCGUCCAUCCUGUGCGAGGAGUGGAGCGGCGGCGGGGAGGAGCCGCAGCUCUGCGUGCAGGCCACGAUGUUCUACCGCCUGCUCGACCUGCUCAACCUUAUGGGUUCGGACAUAGAAGUGCUCCUCCCACCGCUAGAGCAGCUGCUUUCCCUCCCGGAGCUGCAGGACUUCGCCCGCGACCCCCGCAAGCACUAUCUGCUUAAAUACACGUACGCGAGCCUCGCGGACGACCAGCACGACCAGGAUCAGGACCAGGAGCAGGAUAUGUAGACCAUGGACGUGAAGUGUCAUGGUCUAUGGAGAUAAUUGUUGGCCACCAGCUGUUAGACCAUAGAGCAUAGAAUAACAAGAAAAAUUAUUAACAAAUUUAAAUGAACGAUUGAGUGGGUGGAAUGGUGAAUGUGAUUUCGUUGUUUCAUUAUCUAUGUGUAAUUUUAAGUUUUCAUGCGUAAAUUUAAACUUUUUAACCAUUUUCAAAAAAACAGAAUGAGGGGUUUCUGUGUUUGUCAGAAUGUAUUUUUUGAAGUGACAACUUCUUUAGCGGCGUUGGGUAUAAAAUCUUAAACUCGCGUCAGGACACGUGGCCUGAUCGAAAAAGCGUAAGACGGAUU